CUCUCAAAAAUAGAAAAACGACCGACCGUUAAAAAUAAUGAUGAAUUGCAAUACAAUUAUUGCUAUUAUUGCUAUUCUCAAGGUAUUAAUGUGUUUUUUCUUUUCAUUUGACGUUGUUUUCAAUCGGUGAAAUGCAGCCAGUACGGUUAGAGAGCACUGCUCCCCCUCCCCCGCUUCCCACAGACACCAUUGCACAGAUAGGAAGAGAGGGAGGGGGAAGGAGAGAGAGGAGAGGGAGAGCGAUAGUCAGCACCCGUGAGAGGGGAACAAGAUUCAGCCGCGCGGAGAGAGAAGAGAAAAAAGCAGUAGCCAAACGAACAAAGGAAAACAUGGAUGUAACGGAAAAACGCUAUUUAAAACAAGCACAUGUACCGGAGAGGAUGUUUUGGUCGUCCUGCACAUAGUAGGGGGUAACUCAAGGACUCUUCCCCCCGUUUUUAAUGUUGCGCGUGGGGACGUAUGGAAAGCUUUCUCUAAUCCGUUUGCGGAUCCUGCCUGCUUGCGAUGGCUGUGGCGGUGCGAUGCUGUUACAGCAUAACUCAGAAUGUGCCUUUUACUUCUUAUUUGGUGAUUUUUCUACUCAGUGGCCUUACAAAUGCACAAAUACGAUACACCAUUCCGGAGGAGCUGGAGAAUGGGGCUGUGGUCGGUGACAUUGUUCGCGAUUUGGGUCUGGACCUGCAAAAGCUCUCCUCCCGACGCGUCAGAAUCACCUCGGACAGCGCACGGAGAUAUUUCAACAUAAAUCAUAAAAAUGGCAAGCUGUCGGUAAGUGACCGCAUCGACAGGGAGACGCUGUGUGAAUUCAGUGGCACCUGUUUGCUCAACCUAGAAGUGGGGGUUGAGAACCCGCUCGAGGUGCAUAAUGUGGAGGUGGAGAUUCUGGAUGCGAAUGACAACUCGCCACAGUUCCCCCGGGACGAGUACCAGCUGGAAAUCUCAGAGUCCGCCAUAACUGGGUCCCGGUUCCCCAUCGAGGGCGCGCAGGAUGCAGACGAAGGCUCCAACUCAGUUCGCCUCUACCGGCUCAGCAACAAUGAGCACCUCGCGCUGGACUCCAACAAGCCCGCGACAAAUAGCAAGAACAUCCAGCUCGUGCUCAAAAAGCCAUUUGACCGUGAGCAUACACCAUCUCAUCAGUUGAUACUGACUGCUGUCGAUGGAGGCACUCCGGCGCGCACAGGUACAGCCAAAAUCAACGUGCGUGUCCUGGAUUCCAACGACAACGUGCCUGUGUUCGACAACUCCGUAUACAAAGUGAAACUUUCGGAGAACUCGCCCAAGGGCGCUCUAGUGAUAAAGUUAAACGCCACAGACCGGGAUGAAGGCACAAACGGGGAGGUGUUUUACUCUUUUAGCAGUUACACCCCAGAGAGGGUGAGACAAAUGUUCUCCAUGGACACAGAUACAGGAGAGAUCAGAGUGAAGAAAAACAUAGACUAUGAGGAGACUAACUCCUAUGAGAUGUACAUACAAGCUAUGGACAGGGGUCCUUCUGCAGUGGUAGUCCACUGUAAAGUGGUGGUGGAGGUUUUGGAUGUGAAUGACAACAUUCCUGAAAUCGUGUUGUCAUCUCUUUCCAGCCCGGUCCGGGAGGAUGCACGGGCUGACACCGUGGUGGCUCUGAUCAGUCUUAAUGACCGGGACUCCGCCCAGAACAAACAGGUGACCCUGGAGAUCCAACCUGGUGUCCCCUUUAAGAUCAAGUCCUUCCGGAACCACUACACCUUGGUCACCGCUGCAUUCCUGGACCGAGAGACCAUCUCCACCUACAACGUCACAGUAACCGCCAUCGAUGGGGGAACCCCAGCCCUGUCUUCACACAUGUCCAUUAAAGUUGACGUGGCCGAUGUCAAUGACAACCCUCCCCGCUUCGAACAGACUUCCUACACAGUGUACAUGACGGAGAAUAAUGCACCUGGCGCAUCGAUGUGCGUUGUAAAGGCAAUGGAUGCAGACGCUGGGGAGAACGCUCGCAUCACCUACACCGUCCUCAAUGACAACAACCACGGCAUCCCCGUGGCGAGCUACGUCAGCAUCAAACCCGACACGGGAGAGGCCUAUGCCCUGCGAGCCUUCGACUUCGAGAAGCUCAGAGAGUUCCACUUCCAGGUGAAAGCCCAGGAUGGUGGUGUGCCGCCCCUCAGCCGCGUAGCAACAGUCUACGUUUACAUCAUGGACCAGAACGACCACUCCCCCAGGGUAGUCCAUCCUCCAGCCAAUGGGACGCGGACCACCGAGACGCUGAUGAAGAAUGCAGAGGCGGGGGCUCUGGUGACCAAGGUGGUGGCGUGGGACGGGGACGCAGGUCAGAACGCCUGGCUGGUGUACGCCCUGGAGCAGACCACCUCCGAGCUGGACCUGUUUAAAGUCCACGAGCACACGGGGGAGAUCCGCACCAUGCGGCGUGUCAGCGAGGACAACUCCACCUCUUUCCUGCUGACCGUUCUGGUCCGUGACCAUGGCCUCCCGCCGCUUUCCUCCACCGCCACCAUCAAUGUGCACGUCAUGGAGCUGCCACCCAAGCUGACCCCUGACCCCAAACGCAUCAUCAGGCCUCACAGCCCGCUGCUGUUCUCCAACGUAACCCUCUACCUGAUCGUGGCCCUGAGCGCCACCACCUUUGUGUUCCUGGUCACCAUUGUGGUGCUGGCCAUCGUCCGCUGCCACGCCUACUGCACCCAGCCCGGCUCCUGCUCGCCCUGCUGUGUGUCCCAAAAGAGUGUCCCCGAGGGGGGCACCUCGGCUGGUGGGGGUGGAGGGUCAUUGGGUCGAGGUGGCGGUGGUGGGGGAGGUGGAGGAGGUCAGGGUCAACCCAACAACAACGUUGCUCUGCGGAGGGACCUGAAGGUUGAACCUCACUACAUCGAGGUGCGGGGGAACGGCUCCAUGACCAAAACGUACUGCUAUAAGACAUGUAUGACGGCCACGUCAGGGAGCGACACCUUCAUGUUCUAUAACACGGGUCGGCCCCACAGCGGCACCUGGAGCUCCGGGGGAUACGUCACCAGCCAGAGUGGACAGAGCCAGAUGUUUGUACGCAGGCUGAGCAUGCCAGAUGCAACCGCCAUACAGCCCAAGGUGCCAAAUUCAGACUGGCGUUACUCUGCCUCACUUAGGACUGGGAUGCAGAGCUCAGUGCACAUGGAGGAGUCGUCGGUGAUGCAGGGAGCCCAGGGGGUUCUGGUCCAGAACUGGCCGACCGUGUCUAGCGCCACCGGAGAUGCUGAGGGUGGAGAGACGUCCCCGCCCAUGGGAGCCGGAGUGGAUAGUAACAGCUGGCACUUCCGUUACGGUGCAGGCGGUCCCGGUGGGCCCCCCCAGCACCUGAAGCCUGGCGAGGUCCCCCCCGAAGCCUUUAUCAUCCCCGGAUCCCCCGCAAUCAUCUCAAUCCGCCAGCAGGGAGGAGAGGACGACAAGAGCGACUUCAUCACUUUCGGAAAGAAGGAGGAGGCCAAGAAGAAGAAGAAGAAGAAGAAGGAGAAGAAGGAUAAGAAGGAUAAGGGGAAGGAUGAUGACGAGUAGCGGAGGAGGAGGACGAGGAAGAGAAGGAAAGGGAGCUGUUAAAACAGGGGUACCAACCAAAGUCCACCUGGUAACAAAAAUACAAGUAUUUGAGACAACAGGUGAAAAGAGAGAUCCCCAGUUCAACUUCAUCAUCUCUGGCUCAGUAACACAGACAGGCAGACAAAGUCACACUGCCGUCCUCUGCUCAAUACCCUGGAACAAAGAUAAUAGCCCAGGUCUUUCUAACUCUCUCUGAUAAUAAUCUGGCCUUACCAAGAUUACUGUAGUUUAACGUCUCCUCCAAAUCCCUGUCUUGGGUAAUUGCUUAAUAAUCAUGCCUUGAUGAGACAAAAAAUGUAUUGAUGCAUUUUCCUCCAUGCCCCCUGGUGCCUGCCUAUACACCCUGAGCCAAAUAAUACCCUCCCACUCUUCUCAGCAAGGGGACGAGAGCUACUGUCUCCCCUUGCCCUCUGCUUUUCACCUUCUCUCCCACGGAUACGUUGGCACCUCGGUCUUACCCUUUCCCACCAUGUUGUAUAAUCUCUUUUCUUUGAAAGGAAAAGAAAAUCCGAGGAUGAGAAGAAAACAGCUCUGUGCCAGCCUCGGAAAAAGAACAAAAAAAGCAAAUGUCAAGAAGAAGAAAAGAAAGUAACUCGAAGACACAGACAGCGCUAGAUGUUUAGAGCUGGACACUCACACUUGUAAAUAGCACAGGAGAGAGUUCGCUAAAGCUGGGGCUAAAGGCUAACAUGACACUGCUGCUGCAGCUUCCUAUCGCGUUCUCUAUCUGUCAGUGUUCCCUGAGCCGGCAAGGAAAACAUGGCUGUCAAUGAUACACACAUACACAUUGACACACACACACACACUCACAAACAUGGACACUGAGAACACCUGAGACCUGGAGAGAGGUACAAAAUCUAGGAGCUGCCAACAAACCACAGCGAACAAAUAACAAUAUGUUUCAUACAAAACGCAAGCUUUUCCCCCAGCAGUACAGUCUCCUUAGCAGUACAGUCUCCUUAGCAGUACAGUCUCCUUAGCAGUACAGUCUCCUUAGCAGUACACACGUGUACUGUAGAUCUAGCGUCUCAGUAUCGACACAGCUGCAUCCCCUGCAAUAACUCCUGGUUGGUCUGCUCAAUACUCUAUUCUGGGACAAUGAGAUCUCUCUCUCUCUCUCUCAAAGCAGCCAACAGCUCAAUGAAUCCCUCUCGGACAACAGCUCAAUGAGAUCCCUCUCUCUCAAAACAGCCAACAGCUCAAUGAGAUCCCUCUCUCUCAAAGCAGCCAACAGCUCAAGGAGAUCCCUGUCUCUCAAAACAGCCAACAGCUCAAUGAGAUCCCUCUCUCUCAAAGCAGCCAACAGCUCAAUGAAAUCCCUGUCUCUCAAAGCAGCCAACAGCUCAAGGAGAUCCCUCUCUCUCAAAGGAGCCAACAGCUCAAUGCGAAGACAGAGAAAGAGGGAAUGAGAGAAAGGAGGAACACUUCAGAUUAUCUUGAGAACGAAAGAGACGAGUCCAGCUGAGUUGGCCUGUGAUCCAGCUUGUUGAUCAGGGCUCAGUUGGAACCUUGUAGAAUAGCAGGAGUGUCUCUAGCUAAAGAUGAUCUCUCCCCUGCUACUCAGCAAAAGCCUGAUGCUUUCUGCUCUGAAUGUUUGGUAGCAACCAUCCUUUACCUGAUACCCAACCUGAUCUCUAUCCUCCCCACUCCCCUGAGCUUUCCACCCUCAACCCCACACCACCCCUCCCUUACCCCAACCACAGACUGCUUCUUCACGUGAUGAUGAUGAUGAUGACAUUUGUGAAUCUUUUUCUCUUUUUAUUUGUUGGAGAAGAGCCACUAUUUCCUUCUCUGUUUUGUUAGCUUUAACUGAUCUGCAGUGCUUCUUCUUGUCCCCCCCUGCCCUUUAUCUCUCUCUUUUUCUGGCCAUAGACCCCCCCUCUAACCCCCUGUUCAUUCAGGGUGAACUGGGAAGGCCUACUCUGAACCUUGUGUUGUGCUGGGAUCAGGAAAUAUGUGUGAGGCCUGUAGAACCCAGUCGGUGCCGGUGGUCCAGUACUCUGUUAGCCAAUGUCAGAUGCCUCUAAGUGCAAAACGGUUGAGUGCUUUUAACUUGUGAAUACUACGCUGUUCAUUCCUGUUUGUGGUCACUGGCGAGAGGGGACGAGGUGGGAUGGGGACAGGGAUGGAGGUCUGGGGCAUGGUGCUGAGGGCUGUCCCUGUCCUCCAUGUUCCUGGGUAAACAUAUAUGAAAACAGUAGGUCACCCAUUGGCUUUUAUGUACACGAUAAAUGUAGAUUUAGACUUGCUUUUCAUACAUUGCCUUUGCAUUAAUAAAUGCGAUGUGUAACCUGAUUAUUACAUUAUUCAUGACUAAAUACGAGCAUCUAAGGAUUCCUACCCCACAGCUCUAUCCCACCAAUCCUCUUUCAGGAGGUUUUGUGAAGGAGCGGAGACAUGGUUCAGCCCUGCUUCUAUUGGUUCCUCCUUCCCUUGCCUGUAAGUUGUUGCCACCCCCCCCCAAGUUCUGCAGCUCAGUAUGACUUCACUCCACUACAGUGGCUGCUGCAUGUAAGUCCCAAAGGAAACAUAGUAUAUAGAGAAAUAUAUAUAUAUAGAAAUAGAUGGUUAUGAUUUUAUUAUUUUGUAUUAUCAUUUUACUUCAUGACUCGCAAAGGAGAUAUUUGUGUGUACCGUCUCUACCAUGCAUCUUGUGCAUAUAACAUCCUACACACUCCACAGUGGUGUUAUACGUUAACUUAACCUCUUAGAUAUUUGUAAAUGCUAAUAGUGUGAUGGCCUUGAAUGCAACUCUGUUCAUUUUGUUUUACCAAAAUAUCAUUUUCGUUUUUGAGAACAAGCAAAGAAAAGGAACUCAAAAAAAAUAUAUAAAAAAAAAUAUAAUAAUAAUACGUUUUGUGUCCGGCUUUGACAUGAUGCUCUACCUAACACUAAUAUUGUAAUUGAAAUAUGUAUGAUCCUGUGAUGAGCUAUAUUUUCCCUUCCACCCCCUUUCAACAGAUAAAAUGUUAAAAAAUGACAGAAAAAAAGUCCAAUGUAAAAAUGGUAUAUGUAGUGUAUGCUUGUGUUUAGUGAGCGUUCACGCUGUCAUUCUUUAUUUAGAGUACGGUGGUGAACAGUGGUGGUGCUGUCCUGGUCUACUGGGCAGUACUGAUCUGUUGUAAAACCUUCUUUUGUACACCUGCUCAUCUACUAUGACUGUAAAAUUGUGAAAUUGCAUUUCUUUCCGUUUUUUUAUUUGCCCUAAAUGGAUACAGUGGUAAUGUGUUUUGUUUAUAAAUCACUCAAUAAAGUUUUCUUUCAUAAAAAUGA